GGGUGUCUGCCAUUGCGCAGCAGCCAACUAGGUGAAGGAGGAAGAUCCAGCAGGACAGAUGAUGCUCCAAUAGUCCCCCGCGUUGUGUUUCGACUGUUUUUAUUCCAAGCCGGCUGUCCAUCGGCGUGUCCCCUCCUCUGCUCUCCUACUGUGGUCUGUCUCAGAUAUAUUGUCGACCCCCCCACCCCCCUCCUCCCCUCCUUAAUCUCACAGAUUGUCGGCGAGUUGCUGCAGUCGAUGCUGCAGUUUUGAGCCGCUCCUGCGCCGGGACAGCUGACUCAAUGAGAAAGACAUGCUCGCAUUUGUUUUGGUCUCUGGGUCGCUCUGGAUUAUAUUAGAGCUGAGUUCCACCCUGAUGGAAAAAAUGCAGGCCCAGGAGAUGAUGAGCGGCCUGAGGAUCCCGGAAAUGGACGAACUUGGUCACUUCUUCCGCUCGCUGCCGACCUCCACGCUAGUGGGCAUCGGCGCUCUGACCGCAGUGCUGGCUUACUGGCUGGCCACCAGACCCCGCCCCAUCAAGCCACCAUGUGACCUGCUUCACCAGUCAGAGGAGGUGCCGAAUGAAGGCGGGGGACGCAGGUCUAUGAUGGGUGACCCGUCCAAGCUGCUGACACAUUACCAUGACGACGCCAGGACCAUGUAUGAGGUCUUUCAGAGAGGCCUCCACAUAUCAGGUGAUGGACCAUGCUUAGGCUCCCGCCUCCCUAACCAGCCUUACAAAUGGAUGUCCUACAAAGAGGUGAAUGCGCGGGCUGAGCAUCUGGGUUCGGGCCUGCUCCACCAGGGCUGCCAACCCAACCCCAACCAGUUCAUAGGAGUGUUUGCUCAGAACAGGCCAGAGUGGAUCAUCUCAGAACUAGCUUGCUACACGUACUCCAUGGUGGUGGUUCCACUUUAUGACACACUGGGUCCAGAUGCCAUACGGUUCAUCAUUAAUACUGCUGAAAUUUCAACUGUCAUCUGCGACAAAGUAGAAAAAGCCCAGGUGCUUUUGGACAACGUGCAGCGGCAAGAGACGCCCUGCCUGCGGCGAAUCAUCCUGAUGGAUGCCUUUGACACAGACCUGGUGGAGUGCGGCAAGGGCUGUGGCGUCCACGUGCAGGCCAUGCAGGAAGUGGAGGCACUGGGGAGAGAAAAUUACAGAAAACCUAUACCACCAGCGCCAGAAGACCUGUCCAUUGUGUGUUUUACCAGUGGAACUACAGGAAACCCAAAGGGAGUCAUGCUCACCCAUGGGAACGUUGUGGCAGAUUUCUCAGGCUUCCUUAAAGUAACAGAUAAAGUCAUUUUCCCCAACCAGGAUGAUUGCCUCAUUUCCUUCCUGCCAUUGGCUCACAUGUUCGAGCGACUCAUCGAGUCGGUGGUGUACUGUCAUGGAGGGCGGAUUGGCUUCUACCAGGGUGACAUCCGCCUCCUUCCAGAUGACAUGAAGGCCCUUCGGCCAACCAUUUUCCCUGUGGUGCCUCGACUGCUCAACCGCAUGUAUGAUAAGAUUUUCAACCAGGCCAACACCCCAUUGAAGCGUUGGCUUCUUAACUUUGCUGCCAAGAGAAAAGGAGCUGAACUCAGCAGGGGGGUCAUUCGCAGUGAUAGCAUCUGGGAUAAAAUCUUCUUCAGUAAGAUUCAGGCCAGCCUGGGUGGAAGGCUGAGGAUGAUUAUUACGGGAGCGGCUCCUACCUCGCCCACUGUUCUGGGAUUCCUCAGAGCAGCCCUAGGAUGCCAGGUUUAUGAGGCAUAUGGGCAGACAGAGUGCACAGCCGGCUGCACUUACACCACACCUGGAGACUGGACCCCAGGUCAUGUUGGGGCCCCGCUCCCAUGUAAUCUCAUCAAACUUGUGGAUGUUCCAGAGAAAAACUACUUUGCCGCUAAAGGAGAGGGAGAGGUGUGUGUGAAGGGACCAAAUGUGUUCAAGGGCUACCUCAAAGACCCAGAAAGGACAGCUGAGACACUGGACUCAGAAGGCUGGCUUCACACCGGAGACAUCGGGAAAUGGUUACAUAACGGCACGCUGAAGAUCAUCGACAGGAAGAAGCACAUCUUUAAGUUGGCCCAGGGUGAGUACAUCUCCCCCGAGAAGAUCGAGAACAUCUACAUUCGGAGCGAACCAGUGGCACAGCUCUACGUUCACGGUGACAGCCUGCAGUCUUGUUUGGUGGGAAUCGUGGUUCCGGACCCUGAGGUCAUGCCUGAAUGGGCCAGAAAGAAAGGCUUGAUAGGCACCUACAAGGACCUCUGUAAAAACACGGCAUUGAAGACAGCAAUCCUGGAAGAUUUGGUACGUCUGGGCAAAGCUGCUGGCCUCCACUCUUUUGAACAAGUGAAGAACAUCUACAUCCAUAAUGAGAUGUUCUCCAUUGAGAACGGACUCCUGACCCCAACGCUAAAGGCCAAGAGGCCGGAGCUGAAGGAGUUCUUCAAGGUGAAGAUCGACCGCCUCUACAGCAGCAUCUCCAUGUGAAGGCCCCGCAGAACUUAUCUCCAUACAAGCAUCUUAAACACUAAGAUCUUUUUUUCUUUGACCCCUGAACCUGCAGCGUGGGACAAAGAUUGUGAAACCUUAGGCUUAAUAUGCUUCGUGGGGAAAAAACAAGCCAAACCUGGCGCGGCUACCUGCUACUGUAUCCAUCCAAACCAACUAUGAGAUUGCUCUGUCCCCAGCAGCAGAACCUCAUCAGCAUUUUAUUGGUUUUUUUUACAUUAUUAUGCAGUCCGUUCCUUCUUCCUGUCUUGCAGAUUUUCUUCUCUUCUUUGUUUAUAAGUCUGAAUUAGCCACAAGACAACCCGAAGCCACAGUCGUGCAUUAGCAAGUGUGAUGUCUUUGUAUUGUAGAACAAGGAGAUGUCUUCAUGUGUAGUAAUGGUGACAUCUCACAUGGGAUUGUAAUAGACUUCAUCCCAAAUUGUAAAGCAGUAUAUUUUCAGUCAGCCAGGCUUGCUUCUGACAGCAGAGUCAGUAUGCAGAGCCAGAUAAAUGUAUUCAAGACAAUUAGAAGUGUCCAAAAUGAAUUGAGAAGGUCGAGGGAGCAGCCAUUCCUGCCUUAGAAAUCAUCGCUGUCUGCACUAGUCCAUGUCUUGACAUUUGAGCCACAUGCAAACUGCAGUCGUUUUCAUGCGUUCACGCGUUCAUUUAGUCGCUUCUUUGUGGCUAGGAUCAUCAGUUUGCAUGCUCCUUGUUUAUUUGAAGGACGGACCCACUGUAACAGUCGUUUUGGUUCACUACGCUCUGCAAUGACAACUUUCUUUAUCAUCCAUCUUUGCAUCAAGAGUAUGUCAGGUAAAAAAAAUUUUAAAAAGAAAUAAAAAAAGAAAUAAUG